AUGUCAUUACCGAUAGAAACCGCGCCACCGAGCACGGAAGAAUGUUCUGACGAGUCAUCUUUCGCAGACCUCAAAACUCGAUCUGAGUCUCACUGCCUACCACAGUCUGAAUGCCAGUCUGAAUGUGACUAUACGGAGAAAAGGGAUACAUCGAAUGCGUUACCACCAAACGACCCGGAAACAGGACAGCAGGGUGGAAAGAAGAAACCUCUAUCAUUCUUUCUCGCCUUCACAGCUCUGCUAUUGAUGGUCUUCUUGGUGUCCUUGGAUGCCACCACGUUGGCUGUUGCAAUACCGGCUAUCACUGAUGACCUUUCGGGGACGACUCUAACCGCGUUUUGGGCCAACAUAUCCUUUACGGUAGCUGUGGUGGUCAUUCAGCCUAUCUAUACCAGCUUCUCGGACAUCUUUGGCCGUAAGAUCCCUCUUUACGCGGCUUUUACGCUCUUUGGUAUUGGAUCAAUCGUCUUCGCCGUCGCGCAUAGAAUGGCAGUUCUCAUUGUAGGGCGCGUGCUACAAGGACUAGGUGGAGGCGGACUAGACGUCCUAAGUGAAGUAAUUGUGGCCGAUAUCACUACUCUACAAGAAAGGGCUGUGUAUGUCGGUUUACUAUCACUUCCGAUGGCUGCAGGGUGUAUCGCAGGCCCCAUUCUUGGUGCAGUCUUUAGUGAGCAUGUUACAUGGCGAUGGAUCGGCUGGAUUAAUAUCCCUAUAAUCGGCGUUGCCCUCUUUUUGGCAAUCUUCUUUAUGCGCCUGAAACCAAUUGACCAGUCGCUCCGCUCCCAGCUUGGCCGUAUCGAUUGGUUUGGAAUGCUACUCUUUACGGCGGGUUGUGUUCUUCUCGCUCUACCUCUUAGUUGGGCAGGGAAUAUGUAUCCUUGGGGCUCGUGGAGAACCAUAGUCCCACUGAUCGUUGGCGUUUUUAUCUUGGUGGGGUUUGCGCUUUACGAGGGAUAUCAGACCGACGCUGUGUUCCCCUACCGUAUAUUUGCUUCGAGAACGGCUCAAAUGACUCUGCUUGGAAGCUUCAUCCAUGGAUUCGUGCUCUAUACUCUUUUGCAAUAUCUUCCACUGUUUUUUCAAGCUGUCUAUCUCGAAACACCAUUCAAAUCUUCCAUCUCGAUCCUGCCAUUCUGCUGUGUGGUCUUCGUCUUUACAGGAAUUGCAGCCUUCGCUGUUGAUUUCUUCCGAAAAUAUUUAUGGGAGAUUUGGAUUGGAUGGGUAUUUCUGGCCGUUGGCUGUGGUAUCUUCUCAGUAUGGGACCUAUCGUCCCCGAAAGCCAUGACUGCUGGUUUCCAGGUGAUUGCGGGGAUUGGCAUCGGCACAAUAUUCAGUGUCCCUCCAAUUCCAAUGCAAGCUAGCGCUGCAUCUGAUGACCAGGGUCUUGCUAUGGGAAUAAUGGUUGCUUUCAGGCUAUUUGGUGCACUCAUCGGUCUUGCGGUUGGGGCUACUACAUUCAGCAGUGUCUUCGCCAACAGAAUUGAAGGCAUCGCAUUGCCUGCUUCUUUGGCAUUGUUGAAAGACCCCAACGAGGCUGUGAGCUUUAUCCCCUAUUUACGAACAGUUGACAUCUCCACUUCCCUGAGGGACCUCAUUCGGAAUGCAUAUAAGGAUGCCAUGCAGACAAUAUGGUAUGAACUGGCAGCAUUUGGAGCAUUAGGAUUUUUGAGUUCUCUAUUCGUGAAGGAAUUGACUAUGGAGACAGAAGAGCUAGGUCGGCAGCAUUUCGAUCAUGGGUCAGACUGA